UAGUAUCGACAUUAUAAUUGAACCAGUCUUCCUUCCAUUCCGGUUCAAGUCGGCAGCACGAAACGUGCGCACUGGCAAAUAAAAUAAAACAAAAUGUUCCCAAUACGCCGCGUUGGUAGCAAGAUUCUAGAGCAAUGGCGGGCACCUAUUGUCGUAGCCGGAAAAGCGCUGAAGUACAGUACAGAGGCACCACGUCCUCUAACAUUGUUGACAGAGGAUGAACUGGCUAUGAAGGAUACUAUUCGGAAACUCGCAACAGAUCAAAUCGCACCUUUGGUCAAGAAAAUGGAAGAUGAGCACAAAAUUGACGAGGGAAUUAGGCAAAUGCUGUUUGAUAAUGGUCUCAUGGGUAUAGAAACACCAGAAGAAUAUAGCGGAUCAGGGUGUGGUUUCCUCACAAUGAUGUUAGUGGUGGAAGAGCUCUCUCGAGUAGAUCCAUCUGUUGCCGCCUACGUGGACAUACACAACACGCUUGUCAAUUCCCUCUUCAUGAAGUUAGGUACUGAAGAACAGAAGAAAAAAUACUUAACGAAGUUGUGUACGGAAUAUGCUGGAAGUUUCUGCCUCACAGAGCCAACAUCAGGUUCUGAUGCGUUUUCGCUAAAGACCGUCGCCAAGAAAGAGGGUAACCACUUCAUCAUCAACGGCUCCAAGAUGUGGAUCUCAAACUCCGAUGUCGCUGGCGUAUUCCUGGUUAUGGCCAAUGCUGAUCCAUCAAAAGGCUACAAAGGAAUCACCUGUUUCAUAGUAGAGCGAGAGACCCCUGGUCUGACCGUGGCGAAGCCGGAAAACAAAUUGGGUAUACGUGCAUCAGGCACUUGUAUGGUACAUUUUGAUAACGUCAAAAUCCCUGAAGAAAACAUUCUCGGAGAAUAUGGAAAGGGGUACAAAUACGCAGCUGGUUUCCUAAAUGAAGGCCGUAUUGGUAUCGCUGCGCAGAUGAUAGGGCUAUGUCAAGGCUGCAUGGACGCCACCAUUCCCUAUACAUUGGAAAGAAAACAGUUCGGAAAUAAGAUAUUUGCUUACCAGGGUAUAAGCUAUCAAAUAGCUCACCAUCAGACACAGCUGGAGGCAGCUCGUCUGCUUACAUACAACGCAGCGCGAUUAAAAGAAAACGGAAUGGAUUUUGUGAAAGAAGCCGCCAUGGCUAAAUAUUUUGCCUCAGAAAUCGCUCAGACCCUAACAUCAAAAUGCAUAGACUUCAUGGGUGGUGUUGGAUUCACAAGAGAUUUCCCUCAAGAGAAAUUCUACCGAGAUGCUAAAAUUGGAACUAUCUAUGAAGGCACCAGUAAUAUGCAAUUACAAACUAUAGCCAAGCUUAUUGAAAAGCAAUAUACACAAUAAUAAAGAUAUUUACUGUU